UCUAUUUACCCCAUUCAGUUAAAUAGUAUAUAUCUAUACAUUGUCUGUAGCCGAUAGAAAUUAACACGUAUAUUCUGAACAAAGGCAGCAAUCUCUAGAGGGAAGUUUUGUCAAAAACGUUUUCCAAUACUUUAUCAUUCCGUCCGUAUUGAAUCGAUCUGCUUCAUUUUACUUUUGUAACGUAUAGUGGUUAAUGCACAAAAUCCAGUCAACAUGAAGGGUUUAUAUGUACCUCUACUUCUUCUUAUUCUUGUGGCCUUGGAACUUAUUGUGACAGAUGCACAAUUUACAUGUUUCCGGAAAUACAGAGAAAAGCGAGGAAAAGAAUUUUGUAAAGGACCACUGAAAAACAGGAGGAAAUUCUCUACACCAGAAAAAUGCUGCGCCAAAAAGGGCAAAGGAUUCGCCGUCUCGGUGGUAAAAGCUGGCGGGAGAAAUAAAUAUCAGUGUACACCUUGUAGUGAUUUACUAAAGACAACACCAGCCCCGACACUACCACCCACACCUGCCAUCACUACAGAACUGCCAGAGUGGGGCCGAUGGAACCCCUGUAGCGUGACGUGCGGUUACGGAUGGCGGAACAGAUACCGGAAGUGCGAUGACUGUGAUAAGAAUCACUUUAACUAUGUCCAAUCCGAGCCCUGCCUGGAUAACUUCUACUGCCCAAUGGAUGGUAAUUGGGGGAAUUGGAUGGGGUGGAGUCAAUGCUCAGCUGACUGCGGGGGCGGUACGCGUACCAGGGUUCGGCGUUGUAACUAUCCACCACCAACACAUGGCGGAAAAAACUGUCCCGGCCCGGAGGUGAAGGAGGAGCCGUGUAACGAGGACCCCUGCCAAGUUGACGGAAAUUGGGGAGCUUGGUCACAAUUCACUCUCUGUAGCGCCACCUGUGGAUCAGGGACCAUGGUGAGAACAAGGAAGUGCGAUAACCCGCCAGCUCAGUUUGGAGGAAAAGAGUGUAAAGGGGUGCCAUACCAGGAAAAACGCUGUAAAAACAGAAACUGUCCGUUGCACGGAGGAUGGUCUCUAUGGGGGGCUUGGAGUGAAUGCUCGGUUACAUGUGACACAGGCGUGGUGACGCGUACACGCACGUGCGACAGUCCGCGUCCUUUGUUUGGCGGGCGAGAAUGUGAUGGAUCAGCAACUGAUACCAGGGAAUGUACAGCAAACAAACAAUGCCCAGUACAUGGCGGUUGGACGUCGUGGACAACACAAGGCAGAUGUAACGCACCGCGAUGUGAAAGUGGGACUUCUAUCCGCUCGCGCAGCUGUACGAAUCCCAGACCACGGCAUGGCGGCCGUCCGUGUGUUGGUCGGUCCUACAGCCGGGAACCGUGUGUGAACGACGAGAAUUGCCCGAAGGCGGGGGAAUGGUGUAGCUGGAACGAAUGGUCACAGUGUACUGCCACUUGCACGGGACUUAACUCUAUGCAGGUCCGCCAGAGGUCGUGUCUGUGCCCUGGACCACAAUCAGGAGGCAGUGAUUGUGACGGAAGCAAAUAUGAAGCCCGAGAAUGUGUGAAUGUAAAACCAUGUAAUCCUUAUGGAGCAUUUUUAGGUCGACGAGGCGAGGAGUCGUACAGUUCUGAAGUGAAUAAAACAGAAAGUGCUGACACCUCAAAGAAGGAUGUUGACGUCAUCACAUCAUAGUAUAUAGUUACAGAAAAGUGGGGACAUAAGACCAUAUUUAAAAAAAGAUUUCCCCAGAAAAUGGAAUUUUCUCAUCUUUAAAUAGAUGCAGAGAUGAAUCGGAUGUGAUAAAAAUGGAGGAAACGACGACGAAUGUCCUGAUUUUUAUGG